AUGACCGAAGUUUACGAGUAUUCUCCCUCGGGCAUGCGUGCCCGACGACCCUCUGUUGACGGAGCUUCUCAGCACUCCGAUCAGGACGUCUGCUACCCCCACGAUGACAACAAGGAGGGAUUCGAAAUCGACUUUACCGCUCUUGACGACUUCAACGGCGAGGACGACGUGCCCUGCGGAGUGGCCAACGCCGACAUGGGCAGCCGAGUGGUCCGAGUUGCCCCUCAGGACCAUUUUGCUUUCUUCUCUACCGAGUGCGAAGAGACUAUUCGAGCCAACGAGUUCUCUGAAAUCUUCAAGGACGGCUGCAAGGCCAAGGAGCUCUUUGACGCCCAUAAGGGCACCUGGUGGCUUGACUGCUACGACCCCACCGAUGCCGAGAUGAAGCUGCUGGCCAAGGCCUUUGGUAUCCAUCCUCUGACCGUUGAAGACAUCCAGCACCGAGAGGCCCGAGAGAAGGUUGAGAUGUUCCGAAACUACUACUUUGUGGCGUUCCAUGCCUACGAGCAAGACGUCGAGUCCGACGACUUCAUGGAGAUGGUCCCUUUCUACCUUUGUGUGUUCCCCGAGGGAGUCAUUUCCUUCCACUACUCGCCUGUUCCUCACUGUGCAACUGUUCGAAAGCGAAUUCGACAGCUCAAGGACCACGUAACAGUGACGCCCGACUGGAUCUGUUACGCUGUUAUUGAUGACAUUACCGAUUCUUUUGCUCCAGUCAUCCGAGAGAUUGAACAGGAGGGUGAGAUUGUCGAGCAGACAGUCUUUGACGCUCGGGAUGAUGGCUUCAACGAAAUGCUCCGACGAAUCGGCAAGGCCCGAGCUAAGACUCUUUCCAUGAUGCGGCUGCUUUCUGGAAAGGCCGACGUGGUGGGUAUGUUCACCAAGCGAGUGUCUGAGGGACUGAGCGACCAUGUGCCCAAGGGCCACAUUUCUCUCUACCUCGGAGAUAUCCAAGACCAUAUUGUGACCAUGUAUCAGUCUUUGAUUGCCCACGAGAAGAUUCUGUCGCGAUCCCAUCUCAACUACCUGUCCCAGCUCCAGGUGCAGUCCAUUGAUGCCACCCAUCGAGUUACUGAUACUCUGGGAAAGAUCACUGUCAUCGGUACUAUUCUGAUUCCCAUGAACUUCGUCACUGGCCUGUUCGCCAUGAACGUGCGAAUCCCUGGAGAGUCUACCGAUGAGAACCCCGGUAACUUCGGCUGGUUCUUUGGUAUUCUCGGUGUGCUUCUGUGCAUCAUUGUCACCGCCACUCUAGUGGCCAAGUGGUACCUUGCCCACGUUGAGAAGAAAAUCCGGGGCAACUUCCGAAACUCUGCUUCCGACAAUUCCAUUCGGUCCAUGCGAUCCAAGCGAUCCAAGCACACUAUUAACACUAUUGUUUAG